AUGUUAAACAAAAUAACUCAAGUUUAUCGACUUUCGAAUCUUAAGUUGCAUUAUCCAAAAGGAUUCGCUAAGAUUUUUAAGAUACCUCAUCAUGCCACUACAAGUGACAUCGUUUAAUUAAUCAAACAAGAGGAGCAAAGUUUCUAAAGUGUUAAAAUUACAAUGGGGGACAAAGAUAUGACUGAUCAAUAAUUGCCUUUCGUUGACUUAGUAUUGCACAACACUCCUUCAAUUAAUAUUGACGAUGUGAAUUUCUCAUUUGAAUUAGAUUUAAAUGGUUGCGCACCAUAUUACAUGAAUUCUGAAUUAGAAACAGCUUUUGGACAACUUGAGAUUCCAUAUUUCGAUGCCUUGGUGAUUGCUAGAUUCCAUGAAUUGAUGGUUUAGCAACUGAAUCCAAAUAAGCAAUCCCACAGUCCGGUUGAAAUUGAAAGUGCAAUUCAAAAGGCUUUGGCAAAAUUUGCAGAAGAAAAUGCCACUAGUUCUCAAUUCUGGUAAUUGUAGUCGACAGUGUUGCAGAACUUGGAUUAGGUCAUUGUGUACUACGAGAAAAUAGUGGCUGAAGUAACCGAUGAAGCAACUAAACAAGGUCACAAAUUGUUGAAAUAACUCAUAGUGUUCGCUCUGAUUUAGUAUUUCUUUCUGCUUUAUUUGACUUAUGGAAUUUACGAUUGGGGAGUGUCAGAACCAAUAUCAUAUUUGAUGGCCUAGGUGAUGGAAACAGUUGCCUUGUUCUACUUCAUCAAGAAGGGAAGGGCGUUUAAGCAGACUCAUUUAUUUAAAAACAAAUUCGAUAAGACGUUCUAUGAACUCAUCAAUAAGAAAACCAAUUCUACGUAUUUCAUGAAAGACCUUGAAUUUGCAAAACUAAAGGCUGACCUCAUUCAAGCUAAGGUAGUGUAUGGAACAACAUCAGUUUGA